AUGGAGACGGAAGGUCUCCAAGUGGCUCUGAGGAAGCUCCGAUUGGGUUCGCCUCAAGACGAGGAGGACAUUUGCUUCGUCUUUCGGCAUUUUGCACAUGAGGAAGAGAGAGGCUUGCGGCUUUCGCCUUUGGAGCUGAAGGCUUUGCUGGAGGCGCUGCACGGCCCCAGUCCUGAAGGCUUCGCUGAACGGCUCUUCCAGGCGUGGGCACCGAAUGGCUUCCUGACGGAGGGUCGCUUCAAAGCAGGAUUCAAGGUCUACGCUGUGCAGCAUGAGUCCUGGGUGCAACAAUGGUGGCUCGCCACCAGCGGAGGAACCUCCGACCAAGCACCCAGUGAGACUCUCGUGCAGGAGGUGCGCAAGGAUCAUGAAACGGCCAGCUUCGAAGAGUUCCAGAGCUUUGCCAACACUUUGGCCGAGGACUUUGUACCUCCGCCAACUUCAUUCUUGCAGGCCGUUUGGAAGGCGGCCAUGGAGCGAGGCCAAAGCUCCACGCUUCAGCCGAUCUCCGAUGCGGCUUAUGAUGCGCUGCUCCAUGCCUACAGCUCCCAAUGGCGCUUGUGGCUGGAAGAUUGGAUCUCUGAAAGACAGGUGGUCAUGGAGUUGCCGACUGAGCAGGACGAGGAAGUGAAAGCUGCUAUCACUGUGCAGCGGCAUUAUCGUGCUCACAAAGCUCGGCAGAAGGUGAAAAGCAAGCGCGUAGAGGUACUAACUCACGACCUGGCUGAAACCAUGGCCAACAAGGAACGGGCUGCGAAGCUUUUUCAACACUUCGCCGGUGGAAAGGAUCACUGGACGGCAGAGGACAUGUCCAGAUUUUGUACCGCGCUCUGGCAACAAGAACAUUUGCCUGUGCCGCCACGGAUCUUUGGUCUGGAUGCCUUGAAGAAGGUCCGUGCUCUGGGGGCGAGGUCUUCCAAGUCCAAGGCCAAAGCCACUCAGAGCGAGGACCUGACAGACCUCGAGGCAGAGAUUCUGAUGAGGAAGGAGUUUCGGCGUGGAAUGAUGCCAUGGAACCAGAAACGCUUCAAGCAGCUUCAGAAGUGGGAGAGGGCACGCUACAACGAGGUCUAUGCUUGCCCAUGUUGCCGCGAGCGUUUUCGUGUGGCCCCAACCACCGGAGGCCUGGAGAUCGCCAAGGUGGUGGACGAAGGAAUGACCCCAGGAGUGGCGGCGUUGACCGGUCCUCAAGCGGCACUACGAGUUGGGAUUCGUGGGCGCAUGUUUGUGGGAAGUGCUGCACGAAAACUACCGCAUCCACAUGAGGUGGCGGCACUGCACAAUCAGGUUGCACGGAACGUUGCGCAGGGUGCGGCCAUUUGCGCCUUGCCACCCGGCAGCGCUCGGCCCGCCUUGGCGGGGCGGCUGUUGCUGGAAGCGGCUGUCUCCGGAUCCAGCACUGGUGCACCACUUCUGCUCCUGGCGGACGACGCCGAGCUGGAGGCCGUGAAGUUGUGGUUGGCGGCGACGGCGCCCAAGUAUCAGGUCUUCAAGGCCUCGCCGCGGCAACGGAACCAAGCCUUUGCCAAGGUGUCGGGCCGGGAGCUUGCUGCCAUCCUCAUGGCAACUCCUGUAACCUUUGAACAAUUGCCCUUGGAGACGGGUCAGUUGGACUAUGUUCUCAUGACCUGCUCUGCUGGUCAGAUACCAAUGCUUCGCGAGUGUCAAGACGAUGCACCUUUCACCAUCACUAGCAGGAGGCCGCGGGUGGUUUGCUUGCUGGACGCCACCUCUGAAGUGCACCAAGCCUUACAAAGUCACCUGGAGGCGGUACAGGAGGCAAAAGGGCACAUGUUCAAGGCUUUGAAUCACUUGGAGGCGGCGCAGUUUGAUGGUCAAGAAGGACAAGCACAGGUGCGCCUCGAAGACUUUCGUCGGCACGUCUCCCGCUUCCCGGCAGUCGUCCGCCUGGAAGCGGAGGAGGUACCAGAGGCACCCGAGCUGCCCUUGGGUUUUACGGGGUGCGCGGCCCAGGGUCUCAUCUCCUCACUAUGUGUGGUGAGUUGCAGAGCAGAGCUCAACUUAGGAGCAGCGUCUUCGCAGCCGGUCAAGCUCGAGCGGUCAAGCUCGCGACGCGAGGUGAAGAAAUCUCAGCGGCAACUGACUCUCUUUGCCACGUCUUUGCCCGGUGAAGGUGCCAAAAAGUCGACGACGCCAAGUGGCACACGCAAGGUCCAGCGCAAGGAUGCGACGUCAGGGAACAAGGCAAACAAGGAGAAUGAGAAGCCAAAGAAAGGAACAAAGCGACCGAUGCUCCCAUCCUUCUUGUUUCAGGAGCAUGCCCAGUCCGAGCCCUCAGUUCCGAGCCACGUGGAGGUCUUCAUGACGGCCGGACGAGACGGAAGAGGUGGCUCGGUGACGCGAGCCGUGACUGUGGAGCAGCUUGAAGCACUGGUGCCAGUGUCCUUCAUCCCGCAAUUGCUUCCGCCAACCUUUGCAGAUCAUAUCCUCCGCUCCUUCAUGCAGGAGGCCAAGAAUUGGCAUAGCUCCAAGCGUUGGCUCUACGAGCGCGAGAUCGAAAGCCAUCGCAUUGAGUCGGGCUUUCGUUUUGACCACAUGGGCAUCACUUCAACACGUUGGGAGACCAGCGGCUUUGGUGAUGACUUGAGGCAUUUGCGUGCUCAGGUGACCACAGCAGUGCAGCAGGCCCGAGCGAAGCUGAGGCAGAUGUGGCGCACGGGCGAGAGGCCCUUGACCAAAGAAGACCUGGCGCAGGAGACGGUUGCCCUAGCCAGUCGUGGGCAGCGACUUGCCUCCGAGAGUAUCGAAUGGCUUGUGCGUUAUGCAAGCAGCUAUGCAAAGUCAUGGCGUUGGGAGCCAAACUUUUGCGUGGCCAACCUCUAUCGAGAUCAGGAGGACUUCCUGGGAGCGCACAGUGAUCCGGUGGAGACCAUUGGACCUUGGGCCAUCAUUGCAUCAGUGACCUUCGGAGCAGCAAGGCAGUUUCGUAUGAAACCCGUGGGCACAGUCCAGACGAAUGCUGAAGGUGGUGGGCGCAUCACUUCCUUCAGCAUUCGGCUGCCACACAAUUCUGCACUCAUUUGUUGGGAAGGUUUUCAGGAGUUCUGGCGCCACGAGGUGCCCAAAGACAAGGGCUUGAAAGUACAUAGCAUCAGCGGGGCAGCUCGUUUGAACUUUACCUUUCGCAAAUCGGUCGGUGCUGUAGCUGCCCGCAAGCCCUUAUGCCAUUGUGGGCGCAAAGCGGAUUUGAAGCCCGUGUUGAAGGCCUCACGCAACCGUGGGCGAUAUUUCUGGUCCUGUCGGAAUCCACGCGUGAAGAAAGGCACCUAUCGCACCUGCGACUUCUUCCAGUGGGACGAUGAGCUGGUGGGUGGUCCGACUGGCAAAGUCCCCAAAGCUGCGGCUCCGAACCCGGCUCAGUCCCGCUUGGUUUCGGCAGGAGCCCCAAGUGAAGGUCCUCAAGUUCUUAAUUCACAAGUCCGAUCAGCUUGA